AUGAAACGAAAGCAGCGCCGCUACAGGACCACAUUCAACUCGCUCCAGCUGCAGGAGCUCGAGCGUGCGUUCCAGCGGACGCACUACCCGGACGUGUUCUUCCGCGAGGAGCUGGCGGUGCGCAUCGAUUUGACCGAGGCGCGCGUGCAGGUCUGGUUUCAGAAUCGUCGCGCAAAGUGGCGGAAGAGCGAGAAGACGACGGCGGAGGGCGGUGGACUGGGGGGCGAGCAGGACUCACCCGACCAGCCGGGGCAGGAGCUGCCCACCAACUCGGGCGAGAGUGAGCUAGGGGGCGGUGACGGAGCUUCGGCCGGAGGAGCAGGAGGCAACAGUGUGCUGGGGGACGUCGGGUCGAUGCUGAUAGCAGCGGCGGCGGCUGCGGCGGCUGGUGAUCCCGGUGGGGAGCGGGGAAGGAUCGGCGUCGGCUUGAGUGACGACGACGACGACGAGCUGGAACUCGCCGACGGUGUACUGCAUGAGAUGGCGCGCGGUCUGAAGGCGCAGCAUCAAUCGAUAGCGUCGGUGGGCGAGGCGGCCCAACAGCAACAGCAACACCACCUGCACCAGCACCUGCAACAGCACGCCGGACCGAGCCCCAGGACGGCGCUGUUGGACGGCGUGGACAUUGUGCUGCCGGGGGCCGGUUCAAGCGCCUCCGGACUCACCUUCGACGCCGCUUCUCUGCAGAGUAUGGCGCUCGGACUGCAGGACGACACGGCGGGCGGAGGGGGCGCCGAAGUGUCGUCCGGGACCGGUGGCUAUAGUCUCGUGGACUCCGUGGAGCUGCCACGACUCACCAUUGGCUCGCUGUCGUCUCCCGGGCGCCUCUCGCCCAAUCUGUUCCUUAACCUCAACUUCGACCACCUCAACUCGCUCGACGGAAGCCGCUCCAGCAGUCUGACGUUCGAGUGGAACAGCUUCACCGGUGCCAACACCACUACCACUGCGAACAAGCUGACCCCGUCUGGCAGCGGGUCUUACUCGUCGCUGAACGGCACCUCCAUACCAACGGAUGGUAUCGAGUCGGGAGGUGGAAGCGUCCUGGAGGUGUCCUCUGCUGGCGAUGGAACUUCCGAGCGAGGUCUUGCCGGGCCGGAUACGGCCAUCGUGGAUGGCUGCUGUUCGCCACAGCUUCACCAGCAGCAUCACCACCACCACCAUCACCACCAUCAACACCAACAGCAACAGCAGCAGCAGCAGCACCACCAUCACCAGCAACACCAUCAACAUCCGGUGUACGACGACGAUAUGAAGUUCCUGCACGCUGAUCACUUCGGGGCGAUGGAGAGCUUCAAGCACGAGUCGCUGUUCAACCUCGACCACGCGCUGCUCGGCUCCAGCGUCCCAUCCUCCGAUCAAAGCCUGACCCUGCUGCACCUGCACCAUCCGCAUCUCCAUCACCAACACACUCAACCUCACCAGCAGCAGCAGCAGCAGCAGUUCGGUUCACAUUCCGCUCAAAAGGGCUCAGCACAUCAACAGUCGCAACCUCCCCAUCAACAUCAGCAUCAGCACCACCAUCAGAGCCAUCAGCACCUGCCGCACCAUCAUCAUCCGCAUCAGCACCCGCAUCAACACCAGCAUCAGCACCACCAGCACCAACACCACAGCCAUCUGAGUGUGCUAGAGGACGAGCUGACCGGUGGUGGGUUCUCGUCCGUGCUCAACGAUCACCAGCCGGGCGGUGACGAGGAUGCAGGCGGCCAGUCGACGCAGGAUGACCCUCAGCAUCGCGCCACAUCGCCCUCCGAACUGCUCGACCUCGAGCGGCCCAUCAACAUCCACAUCAACGUGACCGACGCGCUCGACAAUCAUCAUCCGAAUGACAAGUUCUAAGCUCUGAACACAAUCAACGCCACGCCCCCU